CCCGGUUUAUCGAUCCACUAAAAAAAAUGUAUUUAGUGGAAUCAUCCUCAUCUUCAACAUCAUCAAAGAAAGAAGGGAAGUUACAAGUGAUUUUUCGAGGGGACUGCAAUCCCCCCCGGGAUAAUUACUUGUACACUACAGAGUUCGCAGUGUAUCAAUUGGAUAUCGUGAAUCGUAAUUGGGAGAGAAUUUCGACUUUGGAUGGGGAUACCAUAUUUGUUGGAUCCAACGCCUCGAUGUCUAUCUCAAGCGUGGAGGCGGAAAGGAGUGGAAUCAAAUCCAACUGCAUCUAUUUCACCUAUCAUUACAUCACCGAAUUAGGAGCCUCAGAAAGAGGUGGAAAAGAUAUGGGGAUUUAUAACAUGCAAGAUGAAAGUGUUGAACGUUUUGAUGGAGUUGUAAACCAGUCCCUACUUAGUUGCCUUGAAAAUCAAGGCCCGGAUAGUUUUGUUUGUCCACCAUUGUGGAUAGCUCCUGGCAAUUAGGGUUACAACUUUUUAGGGGCUAGGCCUUUUGUAUUUAUAUUAUCACUAACACUUUCUUUCCAAUUUAAUGUGUCUAUUAUCAUUCUUUUAUAAUGUUUUGUGUUGUAAUAUAUGAUGACACC